UGAUAAAUGGGUCCAUUGUGAAUCCCAGAGUAUGAUUGACUUGGACGAACAUGCUGAGUACUUCCCAUUGGGUAAAGAACUUUGUGCUGAUAACACCCUCAUCGAAUCAUAUAAAGAGCGGCCCCCACAGCUUCAGCGACACAAUCAAUCUUUCCCUGUGCAACAUUCAAGAUGAAGCUGCUGCCAAUACUCGUGAUGCUAGCUCUGGUCAUCUGCGCAGCCUGCAAGAACCACGAGGAGCUUGGAGGCCACAGGCCAUGGGACUCGGAGCCCAGAUCACGUCCAUCCAAUCCCUACGCAUAACCAACAACCGUGAAAAUAAAAAAUAUCAUUGCAAAAAUAAACAAUUAAUUGAAAACUAAA